AUGGUCCCCCAACCCGCGGCGGUGCAGCCGGGGGCCGGCGGGUCCCCACCGGGCGGCUGGACCGAGGUGCGACUCGAGGGCCGCGAGUUUGAGUAUCUGAUGAAGAAGGGCUCCGUGACCAUCGGGCGCAACUCCUCGCAGGGCUCGGUGGACGUGAGCAUGGGGCACUCGAGCUUCAUCUCCCAGCGCCACCUCGAGAUAGUCAACCCCCGGGCGGCUGCGAUCCCCGAGCCGGCUGCGCAGCCCAGGCCCGACACCGGCAGCAACUUCUACCUGCGCUGCCUCGGCAAGAACGGCGUGUUCCAGAGGCGCAGGGCACCGCCGCUGCAGCUGCCCCGCAUGUGCACGUUCAGGUUACCAAGCACAAACAUCAAGAUCACGUUCACUGCCCUGUCCAGCGAGAAGAGGGAGAAGCAGGAGGCGCCCGAGUCCCCAGUGAAGGCCGUGCAGCCGCACAUCUCGCCCCUCACCAUCAACAUUCCAGACACCAUGGCCCACCUCAUCAGUCCCCUCCCGUCCCCCAUGGGGACCAUCAGUGCUGCCAACUCCUGCCCAUCCAGCCCCCAGGCAGCAGGGUCUUCAGGGUACAAAAUGGGCCAAGUGAUGCCAUUUGACCUCAAUUUAAUGGCUGAAAACUCACAGCCAGAACAUGAAAAGGAAACUUCCAGAGGAGACAGCCCAAAGGAUGACUCAAAGCCACCUUAUUCCUGUGCACAGUUAAUAGUACAAGCAAUUACGAUGGCUCCUGAUAAACAACUUACCCUAAAUGGAAUUUACACACACAUCACAAAAAAUUACCCCUGCUACAGGACUGCAGACAAUGGCUGGCAGAAUUCAAUUCGCCACAAUCUCUCUCUGAAUCGUUAUUUCAUCAAAGUACCGCGUUCCCAGGAAGAACCAGGCAAAGGCUCAUUCUGGAGGAUAGAUCCUGCCUCUGAAAGCAAAUUAAUAGAGCAGGCUUUUAGGAAAAGAUGGCCUAGGGGACCACUCUCUUCUAGGAGCACCCCAGCCUCUCCCAAUCACGCUGGGGUACUGUCUGCUCCUGAGCCUGGCGCCUCACAACCCAAACUUGCUGUCAUCCAGGAAGCUCCGUUUGCCCAGAGUGCACCAGGGUCACCUCUGCCUAGCCAGCCAGUCCUCAUUGCUGUUCAGCGACAGCUGCCACAGGUGGUUAAGCCCGUCACUUACACGGUUGCAGCCCCAGUGACCACUCUAACCUCCCAGCCGCCCGUUGUGCAGACAGUUCACGUCGUCCACCAGUUACCAGCGGUGUCGGUCACCAGUGUGGCUGGACUGGCCCCAGCAAACAUUUACACUGUUGCAGGACAAGCUGUGGUCACUCAGGCGGCUGUGCUGGCCCCCACGAAGUCUGAGCCACAGGAGAACGGUGAUCACAGGGAAGUGAAAGUGAAAGUAGAACCUAUUCCCGCCAUUAGCCAUGCCACAUUAGGCGCUGCCAGCCAGAUCAUUCAGCCGUCACAGACCACCCCUGUCCAGACGGUCACCAUAGUACAACAGGCGCCUCUAGGUCAACACCAGCUACCAAUAAAAACUGUAACACAAAAUGGUACUCACAUGGUACCAAUCCCCAGCACAGUCCAUGGCCAGGUGAACAAUGCGGCAGCGAGCCCUCUGCACAUGCUGGCAACCCACGCAUCAGCAUCAGCCUCCCUGCCCACAAAGCACCAGAAUGGCGACCAGCCAGAGCAGCCAGAGCUGAAGCGGCUGAAAACAGAGGACAGCGAGAGUAUCGUCAUCGCCCUGAGCAUGGGCACGCCACCGGCAGCUGCAAGGGAGAAAGGCAUCCAAAACUAG